GUACGAAGGUGUAUAAGGAUGGCGAAUCACGACAGCGUGUUCCCAUCAAUGUGAGGAGGUUGAUUGACCAGUGCCACUACCUCUUCCCAGCUGAAUUGGAUCCUGAUGUGGAGGAGGCCCUGGAUAGGCUAAGGGUCAUUCGAGGCCUUACUGAUGACCAAAUCCUAGGGUGGGAGGCUCAGCAUAACGCCGCAGUGGUCCUCCAAUCCCAUCUACGAUACCAUCUAGCGUCCAGAAAGCUAUUGGAAAGGAAUAGACUCGGGCAGAGGGCAGUCGAUUGGCUGUUGGGAGAGGUGGAGCAAAGAUUCGAGAAGGCCCUAGUUGCUGCUGAGGAGGGUGUUGGCACCAUCGCGGCGCAGAGUAUUGGAGAGCCCGCCACCCAGAUGACUUUGAACACUUUCCAUCUCGCCGGUGUUUGUAACAACAAUGUCACUCUGGGAUUUCCAAGACUUAAAGAGAUCAUUAAAGUUGCUAAGAACUUGAAAACUCCCAGUAGGAAGGUGUAUCUGCAUCCGGGCUAUGCCUCUGAUGAUGCCAAGGCCAAGCAGGUGCUAACUGUGGCGUAUAUGAUCGACGAUAGCAAUGGUGUGUUUGGGGAAAAUCACGUUGUAUACCCAGAUCCUAUUUCAUCCAGAUGUUCGCACAUCUAUUCUGGGGGAAGACAGGCAGCUGGUGGAGGUGGA